AUGCUUCGCCUCUCCGACUUAGGUUCCAUGAAACCUCGCGUCCUACCCCCGGACCAAAAAGACGACCGCGACCAAGACCUCCGCGACGUCGACGACGUCUUCAACAACGACUACGACGAACAAAGCAACGAAAAGCGUCUUGUAGUUCCGCUGACAUACAAUAGAGAUGAGAUCACCCACACCAACCAACCCCCCUCCCCCCUCCUCCACCUCCCCGCCGAACUCCGCAACAAAAUCUACACAUUCAUCUUCACCAACACCACCAUCAACAUCAACAAGCUCCUUAUCAAAAAAGACGUGCUCGGCCGCUACCCCAGCGUCCGCGCGGUCCUCUACACCUGCCGCCAGAUCUACAUCGAAGCCAGCGCUUUGUCCUUCACGCUGUGUACCUUUGUACCCAGCUACUUCGCCCUGCGUUUCUUUUCUUCUUCCAACCUACCGACCGCGGGCUUUGGGAGGAUAGAACGUUUGUGGUUGACGGAGGGGAAUGGGAAAGCCAUCAUCGAGGGAAAGGAUGAAAUGAAGGGAGCCUAUCUGAAGGAAUGGUUUGCUUCACUAAAGCUCUUGGAGAUAGAAGUCUGGCGUCUGAAGGUAAACUUGACGGACGCUCAGGCAAGAGAGAAGGUGAGGGAUGCGUUUGGGGUGCCGGAUCUGUGUAUUGUGGGUAGGCGCGUGGGUGAGGAUGGGGUGGUUGCUGUUUAA